AUGACUGUUCACAUUAAAGAAUCAAAGACGGACCCAUUCCGGCUGGGCCAUACUAUCACAGUCGGGGUCACUGAUUCCGAGGUUCGCCCUGUGCAAGCCUUGAAAACAUAUUUUUUGCGUCGGCCCAUAACAUCUGGGCCUCUGUUUAUUCAUGCAUCAGGAAAACCUCUCACAAAACAAACUUUAACCAUCAAAACCCGGCAACUGUUGACUCAAACGGGUUUCAAUGCCGCAGACUAUGCGGGCCAUAGCUGCAGGAUAGGGGAAGCAACAACUGCUGCUGAAGCUAAACUGCCGUCAUGGCUCAUUAAAACGUUAGGACGGUGGUCGUCAGAUUGUUACGAACGUUAUAUAAAGACGCCUCCAUCGACUUUAUCGGGGGUAUCAGCCAUGUUGGUCAAUACUGCGAACCAUUAA